AUGAAAGAGCUCACAUUGUUUUUUCUAUGCAUUCUCAUUUUCCAAGUGGCCUGGGCCCAAUGCUUCGAUUCCAAUGAGAAGAUUUUGGGUGGUUCGGAAACCGGUCUCUAUGAGUUUCCCUGGUUGGUACUACUAGAGUACCGCAAACAAAAUGAAUACGAGCUGACCUUCAAUUGUGCAGGAUCGCUUAUUAACCAUCGUUAUGUGCUGACAGCUGCUCAUUGUUUGUACAGAGAGCACUUAAGGGGCAUCGGAGAUCUUGUCUCGGUGAGAUUGGGUGAGUAUGACACCCGUACCGAUGAGGAUUGCUCCGAUUUUGGAGGGAAAUGCGCCCCAAAAUAUCAGCGAUUUGGUGUCGAGGAGAUUCGAAUUCACGAAGGAUUUCGUGGAAUGCACGGUAGUAGAGAGCAUGAUAUUGGCUUGAUUCGUUUGAACCAGAAUGUGGUCUAUUCGGACAACAUUCAACCCAUUUGCCUGCCCUCGACUGACCAUUUUGAGGGUAGGUAUCACGGUCAGCCCUUCAUCGUAGCUGGAUGGGGUAGAACUUCGACUUCGGAAAGUAGUCCCACUAAGCAAAAAGUGAAGGUUAAAUACGUGGAUGCAAAUAAGUGCCGUCGGAAAUACGAGCAGAAAAAUAUCUUCCUGCAAUCCACUCAAUUAUGUGCCGGUCAGUACCAGAAAGACAGCUGCAAAGGAGACUCUGGCGGACCUCUGAUGCAAUUCCGAGGUGGCGUUUGGGUCCUGGAGGGCAUCGUGUCCUUCGGCAAAGGAUGCGGUCAAUGGAAAUGGCCCGGUGUCUACACGGACGUUGCUGCAUACAAUACCUGGAUCAGGGAGAAUAUCGUGGCCAAGGAUGGGGAUUACGUAGAUAUUAUGGUGGACCCUCUACAUAGUGACAAUUGGAAUUCGCAGGCCAGAGACAAUGAAGCAAAUCGAGAGAGUUCAGAGGAAGAGAACAAUUUAUAUUAUAGAAUUAAGGAGUAGAAAAACUAGAGAAAACGCUAUAGUC